GUUAAAUAUUGAUCUGAAUAUGUCUUCGUUUGGUUUCCUUAUAUCCGCUAAAGCAUUAGGCUUACAUGGAAACGUUGCGGAUAAAUCCACACACACACUAGGCUGCUGCGUUUUGAAGGACUGAACCAAUGGCGUAGGGUUGGCGCCAUACAAACAUAACGCCAUACCGUCCUAGUGAUGGUUGAUCGUGGUGGUGUGUCGGGUUCUCCCGUUAUGCACUCCAGAUCGCGUGCUGAUCGUCCUCGAAAAAGGUUGGGGUUGCGCACUUAAUUCGUUUUGUCAAGUGUUUACUUUCAUGCACAGCUAGCCAUAUCUUUCGUUUAAGAAGUCGCAGAAGUGCAACCCCAGGAUGAUUAAAUAAUACCUGUAUUGAAUCUUUUCAGGCACCGAAAUAGUAGCAGUGCCUCAAGUCGGACCAGUUCUCCUGGUUCCUUUUUAGUCAGUGAAAUCAAACGCAAUGGGCGAAAUGAAGAGAUUCGUAGGCGCGACGAACAGAGAGCUGAAGAGGACAGGAUAUUGCGUCAACGGUGGGCAGAAUCUAAACUUCUUGAAGAGGAAGUCGCUCGACGCCUGGAGCGUUACUUGGACUGUGAGCUUGCUAAGUUACUCGUGUUACGAAAAGUCCAGUUUAAUGCCGAAAUUGAACGACGAGUGGAGGCUGAACGUACUGAGGUAUUACGUCGAAGAGCUGAAGAAGCUGAACGUAAAGCUAGAGAAGAAGCUGAGGCAUUACAACGACGUGAAGAAGAAGAAAAGCGACUAAAAGAGCUCAGUGAGCGUCUCGCUCAAGAGAGGGAACGGGAACUCGAAGAACAAAGACGCUUGGAGGAAGAAGCUGAGCGUAAACGAUGUGAAGCAGAAUUACGUGAACUUGAAGAACGUCAGCGACGCGAAGCUGAAGAGCUCCAACGUAUUAAAAGAGAACAAGAAAUUAUUCUAAAUAAAAAGCGAAUUCGACCGAAGUUAUCGUUUACACUAAAGAAGUGAAUAUGUUUCCAGAUGUUUCUUUUCCCUCUUUCACGUUAAGUCUAUAACUUUAUUUUCUUUUUAUCUUAUUAUGCUUUAUUUUCCACAUUUCAUUAUUUUCUAAAAAUAAAUAACUCGAGAUGCAUACAUAUACAUUUUGGUGACUUUCAACUGUUUAUUUGUCGUCACAUCUUGUGGAAAGACUCAAGUCUUAUUAACCAAACAUGUUUAGUUAUCUGUGUAUAUACGUUGUGCUUCUCUCAUUCUCGGUUGAUUUCAUUGUGUAUUUGUGAAUCCUUAUACUCCAAUUUUUCCUCGUGUUUACAGUCUCAUUUUGUACAUAAAUUAAGUUGUUUUUAAAGUAAUUAGACAAGUUGAAAAAAGUUCUGUGUUUGUGACCUCCUACUUUAUUCCUUAGAAUAUAUUUUGUAUUGUUAGAUUUCUCUAAGCCCUUGACAGGAAACUAAUUUUAUUUGGUUAUUUGAUGUUAAAACAUCCUAAGAACACUACUCACGUUUUUAGAGAUAGUUAACUCAUUUGAGAGGCACACGCAAAGUUCCGGCCUAACUUGUGAUGUCUGGGAACCAGCAAUUUCCAUGUACCAGGUGGGAGUAUGAUAUUGAUCGACUCGCCUUCAGAUAAUAUUGCUCCAUAUUAAAUUCAACAGAAAACUGGAUCGAUUUCUCACUUUAGUAUGGUGCACUGCAUAAAGAUCAAUAUUUAAUAUAACAGAUCUGUUAAUUACCUAGUGUUUUGUUAACUGUUUCGCCCUUACUCCGUAUGUAGGAUUUUUAAAAAUAAAUAUUCGUAUAUUAGCAACUCUAAACUUAGUUAUGUGAACUAGGACCUAUUAUUAUCAUAGUGCAUUUUGCUUCGUAUUUACUCUUUACGACAAUCUUCCGAUCACACCGAAUAGAAUCUUGAAUAUCCAAAGAAGAUGUCAUAUUUAUUUAGUAUCGAUAAAAACAAGCAGGAUAUCCGCUAUCUUUGUUAUCAGUGAGUUGCUAUUAGAACUACACACCACUGAUUUUUUUGAAGUUGGCAACAGCUCUAGUAUAACUAAGCCUAUUAUUAUUUACCACAUUCUUCACCCUCUUGUAUACUUAUAGAGCGGCUCGUCUGUGGUGGAAAUUCGACUGUAUCUAAACGUUCUUGAGUCACUGUCCGGUUGAAAAUUGUAUGUUACCACUGAAUAUGAGUACUGAAGCAGUUUUUCUGAAACCACGUGCACCAUUCAAACUGACUGCCUUCAACGUUCGCACACUUAUGCAGGUUGGACAACAGACAGUGCUGGCUAUGUCUUUGGAAAGUCUUAAUAUCGAUGUCUGCUGUCUAUCCGAGACCUGUAUUCUAGACUCUGGUGAAGUACUACAAAUUCGCUCUCCAUCUGUCGCUUCGAAAAGCUUGUUUUACGUGCGCUUAUCCGGGGACCCUGUGGCAUCUUCGUCUGGUCUUGCUGGCGUUGGUGUCGCACUAAGCGCUAGAGCUGAGGCAGCACUAAUCGAUUGGAUCCCCAUUAACAGUCGGUUAUGUGCUGUUAGAUUGGAAAGUUCCAUCAAAGUGAGAAGAAAUCGGCGUGAGAAACGAUGUCUUUUCGCCAUCUCCACCUAUGCCCCGACAGAUUGCAGCCCGGAUGCAAUCAAGAAUGAGUUUUACCACCAGUUAUCUGUUCUUCUACAGAAAGUGCGUUCAACAGAUAUUGUUGUACUAGCCGGAGAUUUGAAUGCUCAGGUCGGGCGUCUAGGCACAGAAGAGGGUCGUUUAGGUGGCCGAUGGGGACUCGUUGGUCGCAGGUCAGAUAACGGGGACCGUCUACUGCAACUGUGCACAGACCACAACCUGUUUCUGGCUAGCACUAACUUUCGGCACGGUCAUCGCCGAUGUGCCACCUGGCGUCCUCGCUCUGCAUCCCAAGCCUGGACUCAGAUUGAUCACAUCGCGAUCAGCGACCGCUGGCGUGGUUGUGUACAAGACUGCCGCUCCUUUUGGAGUACCUAUCUGGACUCUGACCAUGCCUUGGUCUGCACCAAUCUUACCUUACUUUUCAGUGGCCAAUGAAGUGACCGCCACCAACGGAUUGUUGUUAGCAAGCUGGUUGCAACUUCUGUUGCUAGUAAGUAUCGAGCCGAGCUAGUUUCUAGGCUAGCUACCACUCCACCGAAAAGUAUAGAUGAGCAUUGGCUGCAAUUGCAUGACGCCAUGAAAAUGGCGGGAUCAGUCAGUUGUGGGUUCGCGAAACGUCCCACUUAUAAGCACUGGGUUUCUUCAGGCUCCUUACAACUCAUUUGAGCCGAUGGUUGGAGAUUCUUGGUGACAUGGCUCAGAAUCGAUCACAAUGACGUCGGUGUAUACACUCUCUGUCUUCACUUAAACUAAGAGAUUAAAAUCACUUCAUAUCUUUCUUUCUACUAACUAAUUCUUUCUUCCUGUACUGUAUCCUUAUAUGCAAUCUUUCUCCUAUAUAUUACCACCUUUGACCUAACCACUCCUAUGAAUCCGGUGUUCAUCGUGCUGUGCUAAUGCGGUAUGACAACCUGGACCGAUGCAUAUAUGUGCCUGGUCCUACGUUGUAGCUGACUGACGUCGGUCUACUGCGGGUGACCGUGAGUUUGACCACAAACGAAGGAUGUUAGGUAAGGAAAUUGGGCAAAGCUUGCGUAAGGACCGAGAAUCCUGGUGGUCGAGGCGUACUAAUGAGCUGGAAGCAGCAGCUGCAUCUGGUAAUUACCGGAAGCUCUUCCAACUCAUCCGAGCCACUGGCAGCAAGAAGUCUAGUGUGAGCGAAACAAUCUGCGAGGAUGAUGGGAUGCCAAUCACUAACAUCCAUCGACGUCUUGGACGAUGGGCAGAAUUUUUCGAAGGACAGUUCAACUGGCCUGCUGCUCCGGCAACAUCGGUUAAACUGUCCUGCCCUCCAUGGCCGGUGACGAAUGAUCCACCAAAUGAGGAGGAAGUCCGCAAGGAACUCCAACUCUUGAAGCGUUACAAAUCACCUGGCCCAAAUGACUUACCUCCGGCUUUUUUUUAAGAUGGUGGUGACUUUCUGACAGGAAUUGACGACGUUGUUUACAAAGGUUUGGGAGCUCGAGAGUGUACCAACGUCAUGGAAUGAGUCGAUAGUUGUCCCUGUCUUUAAAAAUGGUUCACGUCGUUCCUGUAACAACUAUCGGGGGGAUAAGUCUACUUCCGAUUGCGUCCAAGCCAUUGGCUUCCGUUAUACUUUGUAGGUUGUUCAAAACCCGAGAAAGACUUGGCUGUGGCUUAAAUUGUUCAACUAUAAUGGCUUUGAAUUUGUCUCUUCACCAAACAUCAUAGUUUCGAAUUUCAAAACUAUGCUUCCGUGGAUAUCCAAAUAUGUUUUACUGUUAAUAGUGUGCACAUAUGUAAGAAAUCUGUCUGUGUGUUUUUAAUGACUGAUGCCGUGAACAAUAUUGCUUAGCUACCCAAAUUAGCGAUUACAGUAUGAAUUUUCACCAACUGACUACUUUUUAGUGACUAAACAUUUGUUAGCAUUCAUGAAUCUGUCCGUACACCUUUCUAGCCGUUUGGAUCAUAAAAUGUAGUCUUUCGAUAUGAGUGAUAAUCCGAGAUGUAAUAAUUUGUUUUCUCAAUUAAUUAAUAGUUCCAUAUUAAUACAAUUAACAUCAUUGUUAUUAUUGAUUUUAAGUAAAUAGUAAUGAAGAAUCUUGAGAAGAAAACUGUAUUUCAU